AUGACUCUUUUGCCCGUCUCCCAGGCAGCCAUGGACGAGGCAAUGGGACGUGGCGAGCAGAGGUCCCGAGAAUGGCUCGAGAAGUACACCAGAAAUUGUCCGGCAUGUGGAAUCGCUAUCAUAGUCGAGGAAGGCUGCAAUCAUGUGUAUUGCUCUUGUGGAACAUCGUUCUGCUAUGGUUGCGGAGAAAUUUUGAGUGAAGGAAGCAGCGGAGCAAUAGUGAGUUUC